GCCUUUCUGUCUCCAUGACUACAAGUAUAAAAUCUGUAGGAGCAAAACAUUGCCUCCGAUGAGCUUCAGAGUUAUUGCAAAUACUAUAAGCUACCAGUAAAGGGAACACAUCGAUCGGCUACAGGAAUAUGACGUCUUACUUAUAUCAGGAAGUUGAGUUGAGCAAAAGACACGAGGAGAUACUAGACCAGAGAACAGCUCUGCUCCAGCAGAUGGAAAAUCUAAUUGAGGGCCAGCAGAAGGAGAAGAAAAAUCGGACAGCGGUGUCUGAAGCAGCACAUGACAGAAAUACUGCCCUCUUGAAAGAUUUAGAAGCAGUAGAAGAAAGAUUACAUGCCAGAGCAUGUAUACUUCCACACCCUAAUGUUGUCAGCAUUGAGACUCAAUACUGGGCAUCAGUUGAAGAGCAGAUCCCUCAAUGGGAACAGUUUUUAGGAAAGGCACAAUCUCCACAAGGGAGGAAUCAAAGGGCUGGAAAACGUUUUCAGAAAUGCACCCCUCAAGACAAACAAAAAACAAAGUCGAGUGACUUACCUCCCUCUCGCUCUAGCUCUAAGUCUGUGUCACGAUCGCCGACACCACGUGCAAAACUAAGAGGCUAAAGAAAAAUGUUUUGCUGUAUCUUAUCAUUUGCAUGUUACUGAUUUUAUUUUGUAAAUGACUGUUCUUUUGUAAGUGUUAACCUUUUAAAAGUGUCUUAAUAUAUGGAUAUUCACUGUUUUUAUUUAAGCUAUUAUAAAUGAGUAAUAAAUAAUUCAGUGAUAUGAAAUAUUGCAGUUACUAUAAACUAUUUAUCGGUCUAAUAUAACCUUUGUUUGCAUUUUUCUCAUAUCAGUUCUAUAAUAUAAAGAUACAAUGCUCAUAUUACAUGUAUGCAGACAUACUCUCAUAAACUGAUUAUAGGCUGAAUUGCUAAGCGUAGUGUACCUGAGAUAACAGUUUGUUGUUCACAGAUGAUUCUAGUUUUUUAAAGUGAAGUUUUUUGCUAUUUUUGUCCUGGGUACAUGUGUAAUGAUAUGUUGUGGUUUUAGUAAUGUCAAUUACUUCCAAUGGACAAAAUCCAACAACUUUCAACCACUGAAAUUAUGAUACUGUAUGCAACAAAAUAUGUAUCCGCCAGAGGGAGCUGAUUGCAUUGUUUGAUUUGCAUUACUGAAAUAGCUACCUUCUUUUAAAACUACAUGAUAUAUUCAUUAUUGUUGCUUGUUUGUCUUUAAAUAUAUUGUUUAUAUGAUAAUCGCAUGCACUUUUUCGACAUUAACAUGUUUUAAUUUUUUUGCGUAAAAAUGAGUAACAGUUAAAGAAAAAAAAUUACAAUAAUCAAAUUGUGCUCAAUAUUAAUUUGAUGUUUUCCGUAAUUAAAUGUACAAUUCCAAGAAUAUAUUAUUAAGCAUAUGUGGAUGCCGUCAGAUUUUACCCUAAAGGUUUCCAUAGACACAGUAUUAAACAAAUGUAGUCCACUGAUAAAAGAAAUGGUUCUACAAUGAACCUCUGAUGGUUCAAUGGAAUGCUUCAUGCAUGGAACGCCCUAUUGGUUUUAUUUGUAAGUCAUUUGGUUUAAAAUAAUAAUAAUAUAUGUUUUAUCAGAUCGUUAUUUUUAUAAGUUAAACAAAAUCAGGGUUCUAAAAGAAGCCCAAAGAACAGGAGGAGGAAUAUUUCUAAAUAACUGGUCAAAUUCUAAUAAAAGGAUUAAAAAAAAAAAUCGGAAUGUUAUAUUUUUCAGGAUCCUGCUAUAGAUUUACUUUUACACUGUAGCCAGCUGAAUAGAUAUGUUCCCUGAUUCUUUCUUUGGGAUGUUCAGAAUUCAGAUCCCUGAUUCUCUCUUUGGGAUGUUCAGAAUUCAGAUAUUUUACAGAAACUGGAGGAUUGACAAAUGUUAUCAUCCUGACUCCUGAAGUUCUGAGUGAUUGGCAGCUGCCUGUGUUACUCAGCUGGGCCAGCUCAUACCCUGAAGGUGAUGUACCAGUCAAGGCAAUGUGAUGAAUGAUCUAAAGGGCUUUGAAGAGCAGGAUCUGGAGUCCUUCCAAAUGACUAGCUUUACAUUAUGUAUUCAAAUGCUAAAAGCCCUGCAGUGUAUUUACCAAAGAUACCACAGAUUUGUGGUGGCAAUGACUAGUACAUUGAACUUGAACCUGUUAGGGUUGCCAGCCUGGACCAGUAUCUUGUGCUGUUCAUUAUCUUGUGGACAGCUGUUCUUCUCAAGGGUUAGUGAUGAAAAGGUGCCAACCCAAACCCAAAGACAUACUAAGGAAACCUUGGAUGUGACCCAAAAGAAAUGAGCUUGCAGCGGUCCAGUCUUCGUUUGAGAGAAAAGCUGGGUGAAAGAAAGUCAUUAAUUCACUGUUGGGUUUUAAGCAUAUUAACAAAAUAAAAUUAGAAAACAGAGGGGGCUUUAGAAGGGACGCUGGCCUUAUGGGUCUGUCGAGAAAUGCCCUAUUAAGAAUUGUUUAAAGGCUUUGAUUAAAUAAAUCUGUAGUGAUUGCUUUAUAACACAGUAUUAUAUAGGAGAAAAUGUUGUGUACAGUUUGACAAGUUGUUAAAUUAAAGACCGAACUAACAAAAGAAAAGUAUUUUGGUACUUGCUUGACUUGAAAUGCAAAGGUGUCAGUCAUGUCCUGGGAAAUAUGUUUUAUUGUUAAUAAUAUCGGUUGGGAUCUUCCUUAACCCUAAUAAAAGCC